AUGUCUAUAACAACUUGCCAGAAGGUUACUCUUAUAUCAUGCUCUGUUCUCUGUGUUUCUCUCUUCCUACCCAGAAUGCUUUUACCCAGAGGGAAAAAGGAGAUGGGUCGGCCUGAGGUCGGACCUGGGUUCUACCCUCCUGUGAUGCACCAUCUGUCAUUGCCAGAGGACCCAGAACGCUGGGGCGUGGACCCUUCAUACUCCAUGGCACACAGUGCUGAGGCCAUGGCCAAAGUGAAAGGCAUCGGACGAGGCAAAAAAUACAAUCUGAUGGCUCAAGUGAUACCCAUAUAUGGCUUUGGGAUACUUCUUUACAUCCUCUAUAUAAUCUAUAAGCUGACAUGUAAGGGGAAGACUACUGAAUCAGAAAACCACACUACAGUAACCAAGGCAAACAUGGAGAAUAAGAUUACACCCGAGUAUGGGCUUGUCAGGCUUCAGGAGAGGCUUCUGCAAACAGAAAAGAUGAUGGAGAGAAUUGUCUCUGAAAAGAGUCGAUGUUCUGGGAGGAAGAGCAAAGCUUCUACAUCAAAGAAGGAGGAGAAAUUACUCAAGCAACUUCGACAGAUCACACAGCUGAUCCAAGAGGGCCGGUUGGAGGCAGACACCCCUGAGAUGGAGGCUGAGGAGGUCCCCUACUGUGUCGACUGGGAAGGCUACCCAGAGGAGACCUACCCAGAGUAUGAUGAGCCCUGUAAAAGACGAGGAUUUGACAUCUUUACACUGGUGGAAUCCCCCCACCAGCCCACCGCUGAGGCCCUGGCAGAGAGGAUCGAGCAAGAGGAGGAAGAGAUGAUGGCAAGGAAACUAUCCAUAGAAGAGAUAGAAGAGGAGGAAGAAGUGAUUGAGGGGGAGGAGGAGGAAGAGGAGGAGGAGGAGGAGGAGGAAGAGGAGGAGGAGGAAGAGGAAGAGGAGGAGGAAGAGGAGGAGGAGGAGGAAGAAGAGAAAGCAGAGAAAAUACAGUUGCUCAGUCUUCCUUCAUCCCUGCCUGCUGCAGAAAGAAAGCAGGAGAGACUUGGUUUGGAGUUGAGCAACGAGCUCCAGUGUCUCAAUGGAGGGAAGAAGCAAAUUAGCUUUAGUGACCACAACGAUGUGGAGGAAGAAGAUGAGGUGGAGGAAGAUGAUGAGGUGGAGGAAGAUGAUGAGGGGACAGAGGUGGAAGAGGAGGAGGAAGCGGAUGAAGACGAUCCAGUAAUGGAAGCAGAGAGCUUGCAGUUCAGCUGUGAGGGUUGUCCCAACCCGGAAGAGGAAGCAGAGGAGGAUAAAGAAGAGUAUUUGUUUCCGUCUGCGCCUGUGGAAGAUGACGGUCCGACCCAUGCAGACGUGCACAAAGAAGUUGGGGCGAGUGGGCUGAGGAUGCGGAACAGGAGGGAGACAUGA